AAGCUGGUGAUUUAUAUCUUAAAUUUGUUUAUAUCAGUUUGGGAACUUGGCAAUGUUGGAAAGAAAUUGAAGAAAUGAAAAAAUGUCAAAUUGGUAGUUCGCAAUUUCAGUUAAGUCCACAACAAUGUUGCGUAAGUGAACAACAGCAACAACAAAGUGAUUCGAGUGUUGUACAUAAUGAUGAUGUAAAUAAUGUAAAUGGUCAACAAAAAAAGAAUAAUGAUAAUUAUUAUAAACAACAAAUAAAGAGGAAUUUGGAAAGAGAAAAAGUGGAGAGAAUUGAAACACUUUAU